CGCUAAUUGAGAUUAUACUGGGCAAACAGAUAUGGGUUUCUUGAAAUGGCUGAUCGUUCUAAUAUUCCAAUUCUACGUCACCGUAGCACAACCUAAUUUCACUUUUCAAUCGCCCUGUGAAGGUAAUGUGACAGAGUACCCUCUAAAUGGUACAUACCACACAAACCUUAACACACUUCUCUCCUCUCUUUCACGUAACAUAGACAGUGAUGGCUUCUAUAAUGCUACCGUAGGCCAAGAUCAGAACAGGGUUAGUGCCAUCGCGCAAUGUAGAGCAGAUGUUGAACUACAAACAUGCCGCAGCUGUAUAAAUAAUGCUACUCGCUUGAUUUUAGAGAAAUGUCCUUCCAAGAAAUCAGCCUUUGGCAUUUAUGAUAUGUGUCUCAUAAGAUAUUCAAAUGAGUCCUUCAUAGGCACCAUGUCCACCGACCCCCGAUAUACUUAUUAUUACAACAGGGAUUUCUCGGACCCCAAAUUGUUUUUCAACCAGUAUCUGACACCUGUAUUGACAAGCUUACGAACUCGAGCUUCAGCGGGUGGAAAGCACAAGUUUGCUGCUAAUGUUUUCGAUGCCCCUGAUUUUCAGGAAAUACAUGCACUUGUACAGUGCACAUCCGAUUUAUCAGCUCAAGGCUGCUACGAUUGUUUAAGUGCUGUCUAUUCAAGUUUACCUGACUGUGAAUGUUAUGCAAAGAGAGGAAACUAUCAUUUGAUGCCCAGCUGCGUUGUUCGGUAUGAACCUUACUCAUUCUUCAAUGAAUCAUUAUUGACUGAAGCUCCGCCACCCUUAUUGUCACCUCCGGAGCCAGCCUUAUUGCCACCACCACCAGCAGGAAAGGAUGACAAAACCGCACAAACUGUCAUCAUUAUUCUUGUACCCAUUGUCACAAUUGUUAUUCUUAUUGGUUGUAUUUCUGUUAUCUUGAUGAGGAGGCGAAAGAGGAAGUUGGUGACCAGAAGAGAGAUUGUUGAAGGUCUAUCUAUGGAAGAUGAUAGUAUUGCAGAAUCUUUGCAAUAUGAUUUUUCAGCAAUUAGUGCAGCAACGGAUAACUUCUUAGAUGCUAAUAAGUUGGGGCAAGGUGGAUUUGGUCCUGUGUACAAGGGUAAGCUUCCAAAUGGACAAGAAGUAGCAGUGAAAAGAUUGUCAAUAGAUUCAAGCCAAGGAGAUCUAGAAUUCAAAAACGAGGUCUUAUUGGUGGCCAGGCUUGAACACAGGAAUUUGGUUAGGUUACUCGGAUUUUGCUUUGAUGGAACAGAGAGACUUCUCGUCUAUGAAUUUGUUCCCAAUGCAAGCCUUGACCACUUUUUAUUUGAUCCAGUUAAACGCAGGGAACUGGAUUGGGAAAGGAGAUCCAAAAUCAUUGGAGGCGUUGCUCGGGGGAUCCUUUAUCUUCAUGAGGAUUCUAGGCUUCGGAUCAUUCAUCGUGAUCUCAAAGCUAGUAAUGUUCUACUAGAUGCAGAAAUGAAUCCUAAAAUCGCUGACUUUGGCAUGGCAAGGUUAUUUGCAAUGGAUGAAUCUCAAGGAAUCACAAACAAUAUUGCUGGGACGUAUGGAUAUAUGGCUCCAGAGUAUGCAAUGCAGGGGAAAAUGUCAGUCAAAUCAGAUGUUUUUAGCUUUGGAGUCUUAGUCCUGGAAAUUUUAGGUGGCCAAAGAAACACUUGUUUCAGAAAUGGAGAAUAUGUGGGCAACCUCCUAAGCUACGCUUGGAGGAAUUGGCGCGAAGGAACAACAUCAAAUCUAGUAGAUCCCAUGUUGAGGGGAAGCUCGGGACUGGUUUCUGACAUAACGAGAUGCAUCCACAUAGCCUUAUUGUGCGUUCAGGAAAAUGUUGCUGAUAGACCAACUAUGGCUGCAGUAGUUCUCAUGCUCAGUAGUCUCUCUCUGGCUCUUCCAGUGCCUUCAAAGCCCGGAUAUUAUAUGCAAAUUGAUGUUAGCCCAAAUAUUUCACCUAUUCAAGGAUACAAAUCAAGAGUAAUAUCAGAAUCUAAUCGACCAGACAAAAAUAAAUCAAUUUGCUUAUCAAAAAAUGAGAUGUCCAUAAGUGAGUUAGAUCCAAGAUGAUAGGAGUUGGACAGUUUUUCCCUUUUGUGAAUGUAGUUAAGUAGUAUCUAUUAUAUGUUAUUUCUUCAAACCUUCAUUUGUUUGAAUAUUUUAUUUUAAUAGUUCAAAAUACAUAUUUUUGUCAUUUUAAUGAAAUUUGUUCAUAAUUA